AUGGCUUUGACAAGUGAAUGUCUAAUAAGAGAUAAUAAUUUACUUUUCACAAAUAAAAAUAAAUAUAUAGACGUUUCUUCAAGUUAUCCAAGCAUGGACCUAAUGCAAAAUAAUACCAUAAAUAACAACAAUCAAAAUUCGAACAUGACAGGAAUGGUAAACUAUAGUAAAAAUCAAAAGCAUUCUCUCAAUCAGUACCCUGUAAAUGCCAAUGACAAUAAUGGAAAUUUUGAAUCAAAACAAUUACAAGAAAGUGCUGUUAUUGCUCAGGAAAAUGUCGCAAUUUCUAACGAUUUGACAUUUUCUGACAUUACAGAUCUCUCUCAAAAGUCAUCGUUCCCCGAUUUUAAUGAACCAAUUCAAUUCCAAAAUGACAUGAACUUCUUAUCUAAAUCUUCAAGUAUCAGCCCUUAUGAAGACCAAUAUGAUGGUGAAAUGCCAGAAGGAAUGGUAAAAAAAGAAUUUCCUGGUAAACCAGAGUAUAUGAUGAUGUUUGAAAAUUAUUUCCCAUUAGUUAACAAUAACAAUUCUAAUAUAAAUUAUGUCAAUGGUUUGAAGAAUAAUAAUCCAAACUUAGAUAUUCAAGCAAAUAUGAAGAAUGGUACUUUAGUUCCACAUAACGUUAAUAUACCAAAUCAAAUUAACACACCAAAGAGCACCAGUUCUACGCCUAAAUCAUCAAUGGAACCAAAUCUUAAGAGAAUUUGUAAGCCAAAAAGAGAAAAGAAGGCUAAUAACAUAAUAGAAAAACGUUAUAGAUCUAACAUAAACGACAAGAUGACAUAUUUGAAGAAGUUAGUUCCAUCUUUACGUGUCGCAUCUAAGAGAGAAGAAGGAAUUCCAAUUAUGGUAGAAGAUUCCAUGGAUCUAGAUGGGUUACAGCCAGCAAGAAAAUUGAAUAAAGCUUCAAUCUUAUUGAAAACUAUAGAAUAUAUUAAGCAUUUAGAGAAUAAGUGCUAUGAUAUAAAGAUUGAAAAUCAAUCACUAAAAACCUGUUUAUCACAAAAGAAAUAA